UGUUGGUUCCCGGUGUAGUUGUACUAUAAAAGAAGGAAAUUAAUAUUUUUCAAAGUUUUAAAUAAAUUAAAAGCCUUGCAUUUCAAUGCAAGUAACUUCGUUACUAAUCUUACAUCAAAAUGUUCGAGUCAGAUGACUAUGAUCAGAUUUUGUCCCAGUUUGAACUGCCUGAUGUUUCAUCUCAUACUGAAGACAAAACUGUAAUUGAAAGUACCAAAAACGUUGGAAAACCCCAAUCUAAUACUUUUAAUGCAUCAACCAUUGAAUCGGACAAUAAAAUUGAUUUAAUCAAAGAUGUUGAAGACAUUUCAUGUAAACAAACAGAGAGCUCCAGUAGAAAAAGUGAUAGUGAAGUUUCUCCAAAGCACACGAAAAGAAAAAUAAUAGAUUCCUAUUUUGAUCAUAAGAGCAAACGAAAAUUUCCUGGGCCAGCAGGCCUCUUGAAUGGUAGCUUUAGAGAAAAUAAAGAUGAGUCAGUAGGCCAAAUGGAAUUACUUUCACAGGAUGUUGAUUUUUCCCAAAACUGUAUGCAAAAAGAUGCCUUUGACUCGCCAUUAUGGAAAAGGCUUCUCGAAGAUGUGAGGGGUUGGAAUGUUGGUGUUGUUGAUACUAUCAAGGGUAUUAAACAACAAGCAAUCACAGGGAAUCUCAGACGGAGAAAGGCAGAUACAGUUGCAGCUUUCAUUGAGGCAGUAGACAGAUCUAUCACUGAUCCUCUGAUUACAAUAAGAGAUUGUACAGGUAAUAUCAAAUGCACAUUACACAGAGAUGCUUGGUUCAAAUUCUCUUCAUAUAUGGUAUCUGAAUAUUGUGCCUUAGUUCUGUGGAAACCAACAGUUUUAACUACAGGCAGUGCCUUCAAGAAACAUUAUCUCAAUAUUACUUUGAGUAAUAUUCUUGCUAUUUAUAGCUCUGCAGUGAUUAAAGAUGAGAACAGAGAAUUUCCAGAUGGCUAUGCUGUAGUUUAUGAAGAAGAUUUCACUGUUAUCAAGUUAGAAAAACCAAUAUCAAAUGCAGAUAAUUCCAUUGUGGACUCAUCAAAUCAAGAUGCAAAUGAAUUAUUUGAUGGAUUAGACAGUAUAUUCUCUGAUGAUAUAUUUUAG